AUGGCGACGCUGGCCCUCCCAGACGGUAUGCUUAACGAUUGGCCGGACGUGCUCGGCUACUGCGAGCUCGACCCGGCCGUGUGGGCACAGAUCGCCCAGGAGAUGGGCGACUCCACGCUCCAGAAUUUGAGCAUCAUCGCUACCCUUCAAGGCGCAGAUCUCGCGGAGGCUGCCCAGGAGUGCAAGUUGAAGGGGAUUGCGAAGACGAAGCUCAACAUAGCAGUCAAUAUUGCACGCCUCAAGGUCGGAGUGGCGACGGCUGAUAUUUUCAGCCAGGUGGGUGUUCACGCUCCGGCUCGCGUUGCCUCGCCGGUAGACGCCAGGGGCGCGCCGGCGGUGGCAGCACCUGCGCCGGUUGUGAACGUGCUGAAGGUCAAGGACUAUUACGACCAAGCCUCCCGCCUCACCGUGCUCCCCCUGGAGGAAACACGCAUUGCCGAGAUGCGGAAGCGGCUUCAAGCCACGACGGUGCUCAGCGUGCCGGUUCGGGUCUGGUACACCGACGACCAGGUGUCCGUCCUCGGCUGUCUCGCCGACGCGUGCUACCCGAUGCUUGCCUUCGACAUGGGCGUGUGGGGCCCGCAGGAUGGCCGGCGGCAGCGGGCCGCUGCCUUGUCCGCGCACGUCCAGAAUUCGGCCGGCGAGUGGAUCACCAAGGAGAUCAAAGGGCCACCGAACUUGGGUGCUUGGAUUGAGGCGUGGGAUUUCGCCUCUGCCGGCUUCCUCAUGGGCGACGUCAUGGACCGUGCCGUUGCGGAGGGCUACCGCGACUUCUUUACCAGGAUGGUCAGGAACUACCCGGGCGCGGAAACGUGGGCAGUCUGUGCAGACGCGGAGUGGACUUUCCGUUUCGAGUUCGCUGCUGACGAGCUGGAGCGGCAGCGCCAGUUCCACGGCACCAGCCCGGACAUCGCGCUGUAUGAGCCCGCUCGCCGGUGGAAUUCGGUCCUCGUCGCCGGGGUUCGCGGGAUUGACGCCAUGAGGUUCUGGGAGGAACACCUCAAAGAACCGGCGCGCAGGCUUCUGUACUCGCGGGCGAACGCGGGAGGCUCCGCAUCUUGGGCAGAUGCCAGGGCGUCUGUCUACCACCGGGUCGCUGGUGCCAGCCCGUGCGCCGGGGCCCCGGCAGGCGGCGCCGGCGGGCCGGGCCCGCCCCUGGACAGCGGCGCGGGGGGUGGCAGACGGUCCAAGAAGCGCGCGGCAGAGGCAGCGCGGGCGGCCACCGACGGCGGGCAGCCUACCCGGACGAGGCUGCCUCAGCCGCUCGUCCGGGGCCGCGGCAGGGACGGCGAGGCGCCCGACCCGAACGCCAAGCGGGCCGACGGUCGCUUUUACAUGGACGUGAACGGCCUCGAGUGGUGCUACGCCUGGAACAGGUCUGCGACUGGCUGCAGCGACGGCGCUGCGUGCAGGGCGGCCCAGAAGCGGGUCCACGCGUGCGAGUGGUGCCGCGGGACACACCGGCCCCCUGGCGGGGGCAGUGGCCCUGGCGAUGGCGUCAGCGAGCUAGUUCGCUCGGCUGGCACGUCCUGGCGAGAGCCCGCGAGUCAGGGGCCCGCGCCCAAACGCGCGCGCGUGUCUUGCGCGACAGAGCCGGGCGACUUGCUGCGCGUCGAGGCAACGGCGCCUUCGCGGAGCUCCGACGAGGCGCCGCGAGUCGGAGUCGCGAGCCGGCCGCGCUGCCACGCCCGAGCAUUUGUGGAUUUGUUCGGGCGCGACUCGGCCCUCACGGCAGCUGUCAAGCAGUACCAGGCGCUGGCCUUCACCGAGACUCGGCUGCGGCGGGGGCCCCAGGAACCUGGCAUCCCGUGGGCUUUGCAGCGGGAGCGCUUGCGCUGGCUUGCAAACCGGCUCCAGGGCGGCAAAGUCACUUGGCUUGUAGCCGACGCGCGCGAAUGCGCCCAACGCCUCGCGCGCCACGCUCGGAUGCAGCUUCGAGCCGGAGGUUGCUUCACUCUGGUUUUCGACAGGUCGUCGGAUCUGUGGGCGCUGGUUUGCUUGCAGCGGCUGGCACAGUGCCGCGGCGUGCAGCGGGUCGGCCAAGUGGCGGGCGCGGAUGAGGCGGGCCUCGGCAGCGUCGCGUGGCUCACGAAUGCGCCGUGGGUCACCCCGAGCACCAUCAUGGCUGGGCCGGCGGGGCUCGCCGGCGCCUUCGUCCACUUUGAUCUACCGCCCUGCAUAUACAGGCCGGUCAUCAUCACCGACGAACCGCGAGCGGACGCCAUCGACCCAGCCUUGCAGAGGCUAGUCAGGGAACAGGAGAACCAAAUGGCCGUGGGUGGGAUGCGUAACCCCCAUCGGUCGAUCCACCGCGUGCCGGGAUGGACUUCCGUUGGAAACCCGCUUCGCAGGGUGCUCCUCGACGUGUGCGUCCGUCGCGAGGCGUCCGUCAGGUCGACGAUGCAGGGCGCGGGUGCGCCGGGCUGCGCGGGCUUUCCAACGGACGUUGUCGAGGCGACCAGGGCGUCCAUAGCGGCGGAGUUCGGCGUGGCGCUCUCCGGCGUGCCGCGCGCGGACCGUGCGGCCAUGUUCCGUGCGCUCAUCGCAGAGAGCGGCGACCCGGAUGACGUGUUGUCUGCGUGGGUGGGUGGCGCUGCGCCGCUGGGAAUUGAGCGGCCGAUGCCGUGCCGGGGCAUCUUCCCGAGGGUCGAGCGCUGCGUGCCCGAACCUGACAAUGCUGGCGCGAAUCUUGAGGUCACUGACAAUUUCCCGAACUAUCUUUCGGUGGAAGCCGACCCGCACGUCGCCGCGGAAGAGAUCGCCAAAGACAUCUCCAGAGGGUUUUUGCGGUGGUCCACGCGCCGAGAGCUUCUGGCGGCGCUCGCCCGGGUGAAAAACGGCCGCUCGAAGGUCCGUCUCAUCCACGACCUCCAGAGGAGCCACGUCAACGCCUUGGCGGCGGUUCCCGAAAGAGUCGUUCUUCCCCGUUUUCUUGACGCCGUGCGCGCCAUGCUGGCAUCGGCGCGGGGGUCGCCGGGCAGGGCGCCGGCAGCGCGGGGCGACGCGGAGGUGGCGGUUGUGGACUUCACAGACGCCUUCAAGCAGCUCGGCGUGGACGCCGCAGAACAGCGGCCGCUGGUGUGGGGCCGGGUUGCCGCCUUCCUGAUCCGCGCUGCUGCUGCCAUCCUUCGCCCCCUGUCCGCCGGCGUGCAGUGCUACGGCGACGACCCGAUCUUCGCGCUCCUGGACGUGCCGAUGUGCGCGAGUUCGGAGGUCGACUGGAUUGGCGCGCGUUUGGCCUACAUGCACGAGGCUGGCCGGGUUGUCGGAGUCACGGUCACGAUUUCUCCAGACAAGGUCGCCAAAGUGGGCCGGGCGCUCGACGAGCUCGCGGCGGACACAUUUUGCGACCGGAAAGCCGUCGAGGAGUUCGCUGGGCUGUGCUCCUGGGUGGGCAGCAUCGUGCAGACGGUGCGGCCCUUCGCUCGCAUGGUGUGGGCGGCAGCUUGCGCUCCGCCUGGCGGUCACGAGACUUCGGGCCAGGUCGCCAAGGAGUUUUUUGUGGACGACGCGGGCGAGGGGCCCACUAUUGUCUUCGACGCUUCUUUCACUGGAGGCGAGGCGUUCCUGGAGCCAAGUGGCGCCUCCGCUGCGAACAUUCGUUAUUUCGUCGCCGAGUGGACCCCUGAGGACGCGACGGCGCUCCAGGCGAGGUGGUUGGAUCCAGCCGCCCAGCCGCUGUGGGAAGCGUACGCUUUGCUCAUCGCGGUCCACGCGUGGCACGGUCGGCUGGGAGGUCAGCGCGGCCGUCUCCAGCUACGGGGCGAUGCGAAGGGCGUCCUGCAGGCAGUCGUUCGCAAACGUGCCCACCACGCAGCCCUGAAUCGCGUCGCGGCCGAGCUGCUGCUGAUCCUCGGCAGGGCGAUGCACGACAUCGACGCGUUGAGCCGAGUCCACGGAGGGGCCGACGUACCCCAGCGGCUGGCGCAUACCGGCAUAUGCGAUACUCCAGUGCGCCGCCGCCCGUGGCGCAUCCUCGGUUGA